AUGACCGAUGUGUAUACAAAGAAAACCAAGCUCUCAUGGUCAAAGAGAAUGGUCCGAAAAUUCUUCAACAUCAAAUGCAAAACUGAAGACACUACUCAUCCAACGGAUGCUUUUGCUUCUCGAGGAGGUCAUGGAUUAGAAUACAGAAGCAGAAGCAGCUUAUCUGAGAGAGAGCCAUGCACAAUCAAGAAGAGCAAAACAGAGAAAUUUAGCAGAAGUUCGGAUCAUGUUAGGCGAGCGAGGAUGAACCUUGACCAUCCUAGAAUUAUAGAUGUCCACAACUAUAGCGUUUUUGUUGCUACAUGGAAUGUGGCCGGAAGAUCGCCACCGAGUAAUUUGAGCAUCAAUGACUGGCUUCAAGCCUCGCCUCCUGCAGAUAUUUAUGUUCUCGGAUUUCAAGAGAUAGUUCCCUUGAAUGCUGGUAAUAUCUUAGGAGCAGAAGACAAUGGCCCUGCUAAAAAAUGGCUGGCUCUCAUUGGAAAUACACUAAACAACCUUCCCGGUACGAGUGGAAGUAACGGAUACUACACGCCUUCUCCUAUUCCUCAGCCAGUGGUAGAAUUGAAUGCAGAUUUUGAGGGAUCAGCUAGGCAGAACAAUUCGUCAUUCUUCCAUCGGAGAUCCUUCCAAACAACUUCUAGCAGCUGGGGAAUGGACAGUGAUCCUUCAACCGUGCAACCGCGACUAGACCGAAGAUUCAGUGUCUGUGAUCGUGUGAUUUUUGGUAACAGAAAAAGUGACUUUGAUCCCAGUUUUAGAUGGGGUUAUAGACCUAGUGACUAUUCAAGAGCAAGUGACUACUCUCGAACGAGUGACUAUUAUUCAAGGGCAAGUGACUACUCUCGACCGAGUGACUAUUCAAGAUGGGGUUCAUCUGAUGACGACAAUGGCCUCGGAGAUUCUCCGAGUACAGUCUUGUUUUCACCGAUGUCUUAUGGAGGGCCUGCUGCCUCUGGCGAAGAUGGAUAUGGCAUGCCAGGGCGAUCAAAAUACUGUGUUGUUGCAAGUAAGCAAAUGGUCGGAAUCUUUCUUACCGUUUGGGUGAGAAGUGAAUUGAAGGAUCAUGUUAAAAACAUGAAAGUAUCAUGUGUUGGUAGAGGAUUGAUGGGUUAUCUUGGAAAUAAGGGAUCCAUCUCAAUUAGCAUGUCUCUGCAUGAAACAAGCUUCUGCUUCAUUUGUAGCCAUUUAACCUCAGGACAGAAAGAGGGCGAUGAACUAAGAAGAAAUUCUGAUGUAAUGGAGAUUCUUAAAAAGACAAGGUUUCCGCGUGUUCACGGUUCUGACAAUGAGAAGUCUCCAGAGACAAUCCUUGAGCACGAUCGAAUCAUAUGGCUUGGAGAUUUAAAUUAUCGAAUAGCCCUCAACUACCGUUCUGCUAAAGCACUUGUCGAGAUGCAAAACUGGAGAGCAUUGUUAGAGAAUGAUCAGUUGCGAAUAGAGCAAAAGAGAGGUCGCGCAUUUUCUGGAUGGAAAGAAGGGAAGAUCUAUUUCCCUCCAACAUAUAAGUAUUCAACAAACUCAGAUAGGUAUGCUGGUGACGAUAUGCAUCCGAAAGAGAAAAGACGAACACCUGCUUGGUGUGACCGGAUUUUGUGGUAUGGAGAAGGCCUACAUCAAUUAUCUUAUGUACGCGGAGAAUCAAGAUUUUCAGACCAUAGACCGGUUUAUGGCAUGUUUUGGGCUGAGGUUGAGUCGAAUCACGGAAAAUUGAAGAAAAGUAUUAGCUGUUCGCGCUCCAGAAUCCAGGUGGAGGAACUUUUGCCGUAUUCCCACGGAUACACCGAAUUAAACUUUUUCUGA